AUGCACAAGCCUGCUAUGCCGGUGUUGGGCGACUCCAUAGCCUGCCGCAAACCCCAACUUCGCAAAGCAAUCUCCAUCCCAACAGUCUCCACCCUCGUCAAAGACUCCUGGACCUGGGCCGGUGACACUCUCCACACCUACCGCGAUGGCCUAACAAAAGAGCAACGGCAUGCAAAAGCCGAAGUCGAAGACCGCAAACAAAUCCUGUACCUGCGCAUCAAGAACGCCGUGUCGUACGAAGAAUGGCGCAGCUGUGCCAGCGAACUGGAUGAACUCGAGAAUCACAAUGCCUGGAAACGAACGUUCGAGUGCACCGAGUACGAUCCGGCGCUGGUGCAGGAUCGUUUGAGACAACUGGAUGAGGCGCGCAUAAGUUGCGACGCGAGUCGGAUGUUGUUUCUUGUCAGGACGGCGCUGAGUCGGGACCUGGCGCAGAUGAGCAAUGCGUCGUUGUAUCGUCAUUCGCAUAUUGGGACAAAAGACCUGAUUGAUCGGUACAUCACUGCGGCGCUGGAGACGAUUGCGACGCUGGUUGAUCUGAGUGUUCAUGAUCGCUGCGAUGGGUUGGAAUUGAAGUAUAUUCUUGAUCAGCUGCUGGCGGCGAGACAGGCUUUUGGAAGGACCGCGUUGCUGUUCUCCGGCGGUGCGACGUUUGGAAUGACCCAUAUUGGCGUUCUGAAAGCUCUAUAUGAGGCGCGGAUGAUCCCUAGAAUCAUUUCCGGGGCCUCCGCUGGGAGUAUCGUUUGUGCUGUGUUUUGCACACGCACGGAUGAGGAGCUGCCUGCGCUCUUGGAUACUUAUGUCCACGGCGACUUUGCUGUGUUCAACGAGAAAGGCCAGGAGGAGAACAUUUUCCAGAAGAUGACGCGUUUCUUGAAGUUCGGGUCUUUCCUGGACAUCUCGCACUUGGCGAAUACCAUAAGAAAUUGGCUAGGGGAUAUGACCUUCCAGGAAGCUUAUAACCGCACUCGCAGAAUUCUCAAUAUCUGUGUCUCCAGUGCUGGUAUGUAUGAGCUCCCGCGAUUGCUGAAUUACAUAUCUGCGCCGAACGUACUGAUUUGGUCUGCUGUGGCGGUCUCAUGUUCUGUGCCCUUCGUGUUCAGACCAUAUACUUUAAUGGCAAAGGAUCCGUUGACAGGAGAAGCUGUCCCGUGGAACGAUCUCCACAAACAGUACAUCGACGGCUCGGUGGAUGGAGAUCUGCCAAUGACUCGGUUGUCAGAGAUGUUCAAUGUCAACCACUUCAUCGUCUCUCAGGUCAAUCCUCACGUGGUACCAUUCCUGCCGAAGGAAACGGGCCCACAAAGCGAGGUAGAUGAUGGUUCAUCCUUCGUUCCUCGUUGGAUGAGUACCAUGACGCACCUGGCUAAGGACGAAGUCUUGCACCGAAUGAACGUGCUUUCCGAGCUUGGUGUAUUCCCAACCUCGAUGACCAAGUUCGCCUCGAUCGUGAAUCAAAAGUAUCACGGCGACAUCAACAUAUACCCUGAACUGAAUUCCUCCAAUUUCCCACGACUAUUGGAAAAUCCAACAACAGAGUUCAUGCUGUCAGCAUGCUUGAGUGGCGAGCGAGCAACCUGGCCCCGACUCAGCCGCAUGCGCAAUCACUGCGCCAUCGAGCUGGCCCUCGAUAACGCCGUCCAACAAAUGCGGGCCCGGGUGGCCUUCAGCCCAAGCCAAGUUGACCUCCGCCUGCCGAGCCAAACCCGCCACUCCAUCGAUUCAGCUGACAGCGGGCGAGGCCGUUACCGCCGCCGCCGGGGAUCCCACAGCCACGAAUUGGAAAAGCGACGCAGCCAUGAUCAGUCCAACGAGCUUCGAAAAGCGCGCAGCACCGUCUCCCUGGAAAACUCCCUCGAGCUGGCUCGACCGAGACCCCACCGACGCACGUCUUCAGUGACGUUCAACAACUCCAUCUUCGACAUCGACUCCAGUAGCGAUGAAGACUUCAGAUACACCCUCCCGCGCCGCGUCGGCAACCGAACACCGUCAGACUCGAUCCUUUCACACCACGGACCCCGUAGCCCCGCCCGGUCCCGUCGAUCCUCAUUCUCCUCUGGGCUGACCUACAACUCUUCUCGCCCUACUAAGCCUUAUCCGGCGCGUGAUAUGGUAGUCCCGUCCUCCCGCCAUUUGCUUAGCAUGACACCGACGGUGCCGAACUCGCCUGACUCUUUGCGCAAACGGCAAUAA